AUGGAUAGUCCGACGAGCAUUCGCAGUAAACCACCGCCGGAGAUUCUCUCUCCAUGCGGUAGUCAACGACGUCGUAGCAGCUGCGACUCAAACUCGCCGGAAUUCGAGUUCUGGCGUCUCACAAGCUCUUCAUUUCCUCAGCCUGAUCCAGAUCUCCUCUCCGCCGACGAGCUUUUCCACGACGGAGUUCUCCUCCCGCUUCACCUUCUCUCCAUAAAAUCCGAGCCUCAAUCCGACCCGAAUGCCUCGGAAUGCGACCCGGAUCCAUCUCCUUCGCCCGCUGCUUUGAUCACAGAGCAAAAAACCGAACCCGAACCCGGAUUAGGAUCCGAGUUGACCCGGGAAACGACGGUUUCGAAGCGGUGGAGAGAUAUCUUCAAGAAGAGCGAAAAUAAACCGGCCGGGAAGAAAGAGAAGGUGAAAGAGAAAAAGAAAGAGAAGAAGAUGGGUCCGGGUCCGGGCUCGGGUUCCGGUGCGGAGCUAAACAUCAACAUUUGGCCGUUUUCGAGAAGCAGAUCCGCGGGAAACAACGUGACCCGACCUAGAAUGUCGUUUGGAGCUCCGACGACCCGGAAAGUAAGCAGCGCGCCGUGCUCAAGAAGCAACUCCACCGGAGAAUCCAAAUCGAGGAAGUUUCCGAGCAGUCCGGGUCGUAACGGUGUUCAUCUUGGUCGGAGCAGUCCGGUCUGGCAAGUCCGGCGUGGAGCUCCUCCGACCGGAAAAACGGUAUCCGAGCCGAUCGGUCGGGCUGUGGGGAGAAGGGAAAUUCCCGAGGCACGUAGGGGUAAAACGGUCAUUGAGAGCAAUAAAGCAAAAGUAUUGAACUUGAACGUGCCUAUGUGCAUCGGUUAUCGGAGCCGGUUAAGCUGCAGGAGCGACGAGAGUGGAAACAGUAACAACAUUGGGAAUGACAAUAAUAUUAACGCUAAUGUCAAUAAUCCUAAUGGUUUAUUUGGCUUCCGUAAUCUUUUCAUUAAGAAAGUUCAUUGA